UAUACGUGCUCAAAACCACCUUAGCUUUGGUUCUUGUGGCUUAAUAAUUAAGCUCUAUUAGCUAGCUAGCUACUUCAUUGUGUUGUUAUUUGCUGAUCUCUCGUUAAUUUUGGUGAAGAUGAUGUAUGAACAGCAACAAGUUCAGAAUCAAAUGAUGUUGAGCAUGGAUAUGAGGAAUAACAAGGUGAUUGAUGGGAGAGAUCCCACUGAUGAAGAAAGGCUUGAGAUUGUUGAUUUGAGUGGCAUGUCUUUGGAUUCUCUCCCUAAUCCUUCUCUCAACUUGGCUACUAUUUGCAAACUCAACCUCUCCAAUAAUAAUCUUCAGAACAUCCCAGAAUCUUUAACAGCUAGAUUGCUGAAUGUGGUGGUACUGGAUGUGCAUUCAAAUCAGCUAAAAUCUCUUCCUAACUCAAUUGGGUGUUUGACAAAGCUCAAGGUUCUGAAUGCUGCUGGAAAUCUUCUUCGCUUCCUUCCAAAAACAAUUGAAAAUUGCAGGUGUUUAGAAGAACUGAAUGCAAACUUCAACAAGCUAAGUAUGCUACCAGACAACAUUGGAUAUGAGCUGCUGAACUUGAAGAAGCUCUCAGUGAAUUCAAACAAGCUAAUGUUUCUUCCUAACUCCAUUUCCCAUCUCACCUCUUUGAAAAUUUUAGAUGCACGUCUUAACAACCUAAGAUCUCUCCCUGGAGAUCUUGAAAACCUUAUAAACCUACAAUAUCUUAACGUUAGCCAAAAUUUCCAGCACCUUGAAACCCUACCGUACUCUAUUGGCCUCCUCUUUUCGCUUGUGGAAUUGGACGUUAGUUAUAAUAGGAUCACUUCUCUUCCUGACUCCAUAGGCUGCCUCCGGAAGCUCCAAAAGCUUAGAGUUGAAGGGAACCCACUUGUUUCCCCACCGAUAGAGGUGGUUGAGCAUGGUGUGCAUAUGGUUAAGGAGUAUCUGAGUGAGAAGAUGAAUUCCGGUCAUCGGAGCUCCAUAAAGAAGAAGUCAUGGGUUGGUAAGUUGGUUAAAUAUGGAACCCUCAAUGGAAGCUUAAGAAAUCAUAAUUAUAGUAGUGAGGAGACGGAAGGGUUUAUUAUGUCGGAAUAUCGCUCAAUCGAUGGCCUUACUUCUCCUAGGUACACAGGGAUGUUUUCUCCACGUCAUCGUUUCUUCUCCCAUAAAAGGAUUUUCACUAGAUAAUUGAUUUAGUAUUUCACGAAUUUUGAAUAAAGGAAGUCUAAUUUUCUACGAAAAAUAUGUUGGAUCAAUGACGUAAACUAAUUCCAAGAUGAAUUUUACCCUCAAGAUCAAGCAUUCAGAUUUUGGAGUCGCCAUUACUGUAAGAGCUUUACCUGAAUACUACACCUGGCCAAAGUGUUGAUUAGCCUUAUCUCAAUGUGCAGAUGGAGACACUGUGUGGUUAAUAAAAAAGAAAAACAAUUCUUGUAUUGUAAGUCAGGCACUCAAAUAAUAUCAUUGUGUUUUUAUCUUACUAUCUUAUUCCUGUAUUUGAAUUGCCCUACCAUGUAUUUUCCUUGUAAUGCUAAUGCACUGGGAUAUAGA